UUGGCCACGUUUUGCGUGGGUCAAACAAAACAAAAACACCCUUUUGAUUGGUUGACAAAUAGUGUCUCUCACAAUGCAGGUGUUUGCUGCACGCUGCAGUUGGUGAGAAGUAAAUACAGUGACUUUAAAGGGGAUUUUUAUCGAAAACUGCUUGACCUUUGAUCACAUGAUUUUUGUUAAACUCAUGCAGUGGAAAUGUAGUCGCAAAGUCGGACAAUUUUUAUAACCAUAAUGCAACACACAUUGAAAGGCGGUGACCAACGAUGGUCAACGACUUCACUAAAGUGAUCUGCUCGAACGCGCCCAGUGUGUGGUAGUCUGCCGUCAAAAAAACACACGCUGCGCCUGCCUUCGGAAUAGAUAGUGCAUCCUGUAUUGUUUUGAUAGAUUCUUCCAGACGCUUUAACUUCUUCUCCGUCGGAAUAUCUGCGGGUAUGUUUUCAACUCUGCCCGUCAACACUGUUAAUAUCAGACCGGAGAAAACACCUGACAAGUAGGCUACGUUCGGCCGAAAGAGACAUCCAGGGAGGAUGGGACCCAAACUAGGACUAGACGGAUAGAACAACCGCCUUCAACAUGUUUAGAGGUUCUGGAGGUGUAGAGCUACUCCUCGUCCUGUGCGGCCUGGAUCUCUCCUCCCCCUGUCCCAGGGACUGUAUCUGCUACACCUCUCCCAGCACCGUAUCCUGUCAGGCACACAACUUUCUGUCUGUCCCAGAGGAGAUCCCAGCCCAGAGCGAGAGGGUCUUCCUGCAGAACAACAAGAUUCAGCGUCUGCUGCGAGGCCACUUCAGUCCCACCACGGUCUUGCUGUGGCUCUACUCCAACAACAUCUCUUACAUCCAGGCCUCCACUUUUCACGGCUUUGCCCGCCUGGAGGAGCUGGAUUUGGGGGACAACCGUCACCUGAGGGCCCUGGCUUCAGACACCUUCCAGGGCCUAGGCCGCCUGCACGCCCUGCACCUCUACCACUGUGGGCUGCUCAGCCUGCCGCCAGGGAUCUUCGAGGGGCUCAGCAGCCUGCAGUACCUCUAUCUGCAGAACAACCAGUUGGAGUUCCUGGAGGAUGAUCUGUUUGUGGACCUGCUGAACCUCACCCACCUCUUCCUCCAUGGCAACAAGCUCUGGUCCCUCCACCAGAACACAUUCAGGGGACUGGGAGUCCUGGACCGUCUCUUACUACACCAGAACCGGCUACAGUGGGUCCACCGUCUGGCGUUCCACGACCUGAGUCGCCUCACCACCCUCUACCUGUUCAACAACUCUCUGACUGAGCUGUCUGGGGCCAGCCUGGCUCUGCUGUCUUCCCUGGAGUACCUCAGACUCAACAACAACCCCUGGGAGUGUGACUGCAAGGCUCUGCCACUGUGGGUGUGGCUGCGGAGGUUCCGGGGCUCUACGUCGGUGCUGGAGUGCGUCUCCCCUCCUGAGCUCCAGGGCCGGGACCUGAAGGGAUUGAGGAAAGAGGACUUACCCAGCUGUUCAGCAGGAGAAGCCCGGGGAGGUGGUGUCGUAGGCGGAGAGGCCGGGCUGGGGGAGUCCCAGACGAAAACGAAAGAGGAGGACUGUCGACUCCAUCACAGGAACCACAAGCACCGCCAUAACCACCACCAGCACCCACACCUCCCACACAGGGACCAGAACAACAGGGACCCGUCACCUUCGCCCCUACCCUUACCCCUUCCCAGGCCGCCCAAGGGGAGGCACAGGAACUGUACCCGGGGUCACAAGGGGGGUCAGAACGAGGUGAAGGUACUGAGGGAGGAGGGGGACUACACCCCUGGAGGGAAUAAAUACAACCCCUCCGCCCCCCCUCGCAGGAGGAACAAGUGUGUCCCCAUGACAUCAGUUGGCCCGCCCAGUGGGGUCAAGAGAGCCAAUAGUAACGUGGCGUCCUGCCCCGCUGGGACUUUUCUCUGCAUCCUGUUGGCUGUGCUGCUGUCACUCAGCUGA